CCAUUUGAACCAUUUGAACCGCUUAGAUUACUUUCGUGCGCUACUUCUGAUCACAUGCAAUGGAUAUUCAGAAAGUAUAAUUAUACUUUCUUAGGACGCAUUUGAAGACUUCAUGAUUUCAUCUUCCAGUUAUCCGACCGAAGUUAUUGACUUGACUAAUAGUGAUACAGACGCAAAACCCAUAUCACCAGCUGCUGUUCGACACCUUUCCAGAGAAAAGAAUAAAAGCACUUCAAAGGCACUUGCUGAAGCCGACGGCUGUUCGAAAGAUAUGGGGGAGAAGAAUGGUUGUGAUGACGAAGAUUUUGAUAUCGAAGAUGAAAGCAUCAUAGAACGCUUAAUUGGUCUCUUAGAAAUGUUUCCAGAGCCAGUACGUCGCGGUGUUUCUUUCGCCUACAGCGCAGCUUCAGAAGGCGUUGUAUCGGGUUAUUCUCUCAGCAGAUCGGUGACUUGGUUUUUGGUGAGCACAGCUACUGUAUGUUUCCUCCCACUUAUUCUGGAGCUAGAACGAGUUCAAACUGAAGAGCAAGAGGCAGUACAACAGCGUGCAAUGAUGCUUGGCCCUAGGGCUGCAGGUGGUGGUUCUGGCCUGGCCGGAUUCUCAGCAGCAGUUCCGCAUCUUACUCACAUAGAACCCAAGUAGAAAACGUAUUCUUUGUAUGCAUUUGUACUUUAACCAGUAAUUAUAAGCUAAUACAAAUACUGUUACGCUCAUAA